AGUAAGAACAACUCUCUGGACCAUUAUUAAGCCAAAACAGUAGACAUACUGUCAAGUGCGCGCGCGUAUGUCUCGAUUCCAUUGUUCCAUAAUUCUUGCUUGCCAUAACGAUUCUCUCAUUAUUUCAGUAGGCCAAGCUUUCAGACCGUCAAGUUCAUCAGAACAAUGUGUAUAGCCGUGUUUGCUUGGCAAGCCCACCCGCUCUUCCCUUUCAUUCUUUUGCAGAACAGAGAUGAAUAUCACAACAGGCCUACAAAGCCAGUGGCAUGGUGGGAAGGUCGUGAGAUCCUGGGAGGGAGAGAUGAGGUUGCAGGAGGCACGUGGUUGGCUUGUUCAAGAGGAGGGAGGGUGGCUUUUCUAACCAACGUGUUGGAACUUGAUUCUUUCCCGGACGCAAAGAGCCGCGGAGACCUUGCUGUGCUUUUCUUAGAGAGCGAAAAGACUCCCAAAGAGUUCGCAGAGGAAUUGAUUAAAGACGCUCAUCUAUAUAAUGGUUUUAACCUCAUUGUGGCUGAUGUGCCUUCCAAAUCCAUGGUUUAUGUCUCCAACAGGCCGGAAGGAGAACCCGCUAUCAUUCACGAGGUUUCUCCAGGCAUUCAUGUGCUUUCGAACGCAAAGCUCGACUCCCCAUGGCACAAGGCCCAGCGCUUAGGACUGAGUUUUAAGGAACAGCUUGGUAAAUAUGGUAAGGGUGAAAUACCUGUGAAAGAGAUGGUUGGGAGGCUGAUGAAGGACACAGUUAAGGCAGAGGAAAGCAAAUUACCUCGUAUUUGUUCCCUCGACUGGGAGUUCAAUUUAAGCUCCAUAUUCGUUGAAGUUGAUACCCCACUGGGACCUUAUGGCACUAGGAGCACUGCUGCAUUAGCCAUAAAAGCAAGUGGGGAAGUAAGCUUUUAUGAGAUAUAUCUUGACAAGGAGACGUGGAAGGAAAAAACUGUGAAUUACCGUAUUCAGAGGCUGAAGUCAUAGAUAGAGAUAAGGCAACUGAAAGCCAGUGCUGGAAUAAGAGACUACUCAUCUAUUUGUUUACAUGUAUCCAUGUAAGCUGUUUGUCGAUGUAUUUUAUAAAUGCCAAAAAGCCUAACUAGGCACAUUAAAUCAUAACAUAGACCCC